CACUUCGAACACAGUAGUGACACACUAGCUCAGACCAGCGAGAGACGUUCCGAGAGAGUCGAGAGAGGCUACGCCGACCGUCAUGGCGUCAAGGCAGGACAGGCGUGAGGCGCGCGCCGAGGCCGAGGCUCGCCGCGCCGCGGACGAGCUCGCGCGGGCGCGGGACGAACGCGUGGUGCAGGCGGAGGUGGGCGCCCGCACGGCCGCGGACGAGAUCGCGCGCGCCCGCGCCGACCGCGAGGGCGCGCAGGCCGCUGACUACCACCGUGGUGGCGGCGGCAUCCUGGAGAGCGUGCAGGAGGGCGCCAAGUCCUUCGUGAGCGCCGUGGGCCGCACGUUCGGCGGCGCCGAGGACGCGGCCGUCGACAAGACCUCCCAGACGGCGCAGGCAACCGGCGACAAGCUGGGCGAGUUCAAGGACUACACCGCCGAGAAGGCCAGGGAGACCAACGACAGCAUCGCGCGGAAGACGAGCGAGACAGCGGAGGCCACCCGGAACAAGGUCAGCGAGUACAAGGACAGCGCCGUGGAGAAGGCGAGGGAGACCAAGGACGCCGUGGCGCAGAAGGCGAGCGAGACCGCCGAGGCGACCAAGAACAAGCUGGGAGAGGCCAAGGACACGACCAUUCAGAAGGCCCAGGAGACGAGGAACGCCACGGCGGACAAGGUGAGGGAGGCCGAGGACGCGACCAUUCAGAAGGCCCAGGAGACGAGGGACGCCACGGCGGACAAGGCGAGGGAGGCCGAGAACGCGACCAUUCAGAAGGCCCAGGAGACGAGGAACGCCACGGCGGACAAGGUGAGGGAGGCCAAGGACGCGACGAAGCAGAAGGCCGGCAAGUACACCGACUCUGCCAGGGAGACCGCGCAGGAGGCCAGGGACAGGUCCCGGACGACCGCGCAGACCGCCGCCGACAAGGAAAGAGAGACGGCCGGCACCCACGACGCAGACAAGGACGUGGGUCAAGGACAAGGUUUGCUCGGGGCGCUGGGGAAUGUGACGGGCGCGAUCAAGGAGAAGCUGACGCUGGGUUCAGCUGCAGGGCAGCAGCACCAGAACGUCCGUCUGGGUGGCGAGGACGAGCGCGCGCUGAAGGAACGCGCAGCGGAGAUGGCGGCGGAGGUGUACUUCGAGGAGAAGGACCGGUUGCUGAGGGAGCGCGCGGCGGAGCGGGUGGACCGGUGCGUGGAGGGGUGCGCCGACUCGGCCUGCGUGCACCGGCAGGGCAAGGUGUGAUGGCGUGGCGCCCGCGCUGCUGCUACGUACCGCGCACUCCGUGCUCCGGUGCAUGGGAAAUAAUAAAAUGUUACUAGAGGUCUAGGAGAGCUCCAUUUUUCGGGCGCUCUGUUGAUGGUGUUGACUUCGUUUCCACUUGCCACUGCUUUUGUACGUUACUUUGGUAGUAAAUGUUUAUGUUGUUCA